AGAGAACCUGGCUUCGUCACAUUAUUUAACAACGGAACACGUUUUUCCAUUCUUUGCUAUAAUGGAGGUCAGACAAAUCUUUACCCUAAAUCUUAACUGAAAUAUUUCUUAUUAAAGUGUCCAACAUGGCGGAGAAGCAGCGGGAACUCCCUUCGUGGAUGACUAAGAAGGAGGCUAAAAAAGUGAAAGAAAAUGCGCCGAUGAAGAGUCAGAGAAAAAGAAAAGCUGCAAGAGCUGUUUUUUACUGUAUGAACGAGGCGGAGCUUGUUGAAGCUGCGGUUUCAUUUCUCACCGAGGGUUCCAGUGAGGAUGCAACGACCCCGCUUCACCAGCAGGCUGGAAGAAAAGCAAAGAGUCCCUCUGCUAAGGAAGGACACUCAGGAACCGCAGGGAUGACAUCAGAGCUAGUGAUGCUGCCUUUAGAGGAAGAAUCCUCAGACUGCUGCGAGGACCUGGAGACGACAUAUGUUUCAGAAACGGACUUGGAUAUUACAGAGGUUGAAACUGUUCCUUACACCAGGCAUUCACAGCAUCCCGAGCCUGGAGAAGAGAGAUCAGGAUCCACACAGGGUGGCUGUGAACCCAUGAAGGACAGUGUACCAGCUGAGAAUGAAAGUGAGCAGCCAAAGACGGCUGAAGAGGAGGACGAUGCCUUCCAGCUUGUGCGAGAAAUAUUUUUCACCUGACUGAAAAUGAUUUACAGAGUUUGUAGGGAUUUUUACAACCACUUUAAGAGAUUUCACAAUAUAGUCUGGACUGUUAAAAAACAACCAUAAACUUGAUCAUCAGUGGAAAUCAAAUUACCCUGACAUGAAACACUAAAUGGUUCAAUUCUGUGAAACAGGUGUGAGGUGGGGGAGGUUUACUUUCACGAGUCGGCCUUAAAGAAAACAUUUAGUGUGAACAGUUUUGCUUCUGCACCUGUGCCCUCAUUGUGUGGAACUAAAGGAAAACCAAGUCCUCAUGGGUUUUAAAUGAAUCGUUUACUUUAAUAUCCCACUGAGUGACCUAGUUUGUUUUAGAAAAUGCUAAACUCAUUAAUUAGCACUCAUACUGUAGAACACCACUUGCAGUAUUAUAAGUCCACAGCUCAUAAACUACUGUACAUGAAAGGAGUAAUAUAAGGUGUUUUUUGCUUUUAUUUGUAUUAAGAAAUUGUUUGCAAAGAUAAACAUCACAAAAUAAAACUCUUAUGUUGAGUUACAGAAGUAGGAAACAGUGAUAUAAGUUGAAUUAAAGUGAUGAUAAUAUAAAAGUUAUUUCCAAAACUGCUUUCCUAUUUCCCAUUCAGGAAGCUUUUUUAAUUCUGGCGUAGAAAACAUGCAAAUAGAACCGGACUAACAGGUCUGUCCCUUAGGAAUGGUCAGUCGUUUCUAAGCCAAAACAAGGCUUUGUCUUAGUCCAUGCUAUAAAGCCUCGAAUUCAACGCUAAUUCUGACAUUUUUAAGUGAAAAAAGCUUCCUGGAUG